AUGGCCAAAGCUCUAGCAUUAUUCAUGCUCUUAGUGAGCACUGUCACAGUGUUUGCACAAGAGUUUGAAAUUAUUGAACACAGUCGUCUUCAUCCCCCGAUAGCAACUCCACCUCACUACCAUCACCCCAAGCCUCCCUCUACUACUCCAUCCCCUCGACCCCCACAUCACCACCACCACCACCAUCACCCUUCGGCUCCUGUUCCAGCUGCUUUUGAGCCCCAAGCUCACGUUAGAAGCCACCUACAGAUUCACACCCUACCUCACCACCACCUUUGCAACCACCACCACCAUUACUGCCUUCCAACUCCGACUCCGACUCCUGCUCCUACUCCUGUUGAACCCCCGGUUGACACUCCGACUCCUGUUCCUGCUCCUACUCCUGUUGAACCCCCGGUUGACACUCCAAACCACUUAUCUACUCACCCCCCACGUCAUCAUGGUGGCCACCACCAUCACCCUCCUACCCAUGCCCCAGUUCACCCUCCUGCUCACUCGCCAAAACACUCAUUUUCCUAA